GUGGGUUUUGAAUUUCUGUUGAACAAUAAAGAAAGCUAACAAUAAAGAGGAGCAAGCAAGAUCAAGACAAAGAUCUUCUUUUGCAUCAAGACAAGACUAAAGGGUUUAGCUUAAACUAUCCCCAGAAGUGAAUCUAUCUGAUUCAGACAAAUCUCUCUCUCUCAAGACCGUAUCUUUCCGGCAAAGCUUAAACCCUCACCACAGCCAAGCGAUCUAAAAAGAUCCGAUGAAUUCGCAUCUCUUCCGAGUAAUCUGUAUACUCCACUCCGUAAUCGCACUCACGAGCGGGACCCUGAUGAUGUUCUACACAGAGAAAGCUUCCAUCUUCGGCCACGGCAGCGACAUAGCUAACAAGCUCAAAGGCUCAACGCCUCACGACGAGCUGCUCAUCCAGAUCUCUCAGUCUUUCUCCGGUUUGCUCCUCUUUGCCAUAGGUUUGGUGCUGUUCAUGGUGUCGUUUGUCAAGGAUAGAGAGUUUCAUGGCUUCUUCGCUGGAGGGUCUGUGAUUCUCUAUGUGCUUAUGGCGUUGUGGAGAGUUGUGUUUGAGUGGAAGAUUGAAGAUCUUGCGUUUGAGUGUCCUAAGCAAGCACUUGGAGAUAUUGCUUUGGCUGUUUCGUGGGUGUUCUUUCUAGUUUAUACUUGGAGGGAGAAGUAUGAUUGAUUGGUUGAUGAUGCAAGAGAACCAUUAGCUUUGGGGGGAAGUGAAGUAUUUAGAUCAAAACCAUUGUUGGUUUUCAUAGUUGCCAGAAGAUCAAAGUGUUAAAAAUUGGAUUUUGUUGUUGAUGUAGAGGAAUUGUCAAUGAAAAUAAAGUGUUGGGGACUAUCAGUGUUGUAAAUAAUUUGUUGGUGAUUAUCCCUUUUCUUCU